UUACCUGCUGAUCAGUCUGGAGACCAUAGAGUCCUGUAGUCACAUAUGCACACUCGAAUAUGAGCACAGUUUUCCAGGCUUUUGAGAUUCCGAAAAGAAUGAGACCUCAAAGAGCCAUUGCCCUAGAGUCUUGAAGAUGCCACGGAAUGAUUAACCUUUGGAUUGAUUUUCACCAAGACCCCCGCCCUCAUCCCAAGCAUAAUCUUGUGGCCCUCAUCGUCACUGGUACAGCACGUCCCCCUGCAGCCAUGUCAGCCAAGGCGAUUUCGGAGCAGACCGGCAAAGAACUCCUGUACAAAUACAUCUGCACCACCUCAGCCAUCCAGAACCGGUUCAAGUAUGCCCGUGUCACUCCUGACACAGACUGGGCCCACCUGCUGCAGGACCACCCCUGGUUGCUCAGCCAGAAAUUGGUAGUCAAACCAGACCAGCUGAUCAAGCGGCGAGGAAAGCUUGGCCUAGUCGGGGUUAACCUCACCCUGGAUGGGGUCAAGUCCUGGCUGAAACCACGCCUGGGGCACGAGGCCACGGUUGGCAAGGCCAAAGGCUUCCUUAAGAACUUUCUGAUCGAGCCCUUCGUCCCCCAUACUCAGGCCGAAGAGUUCUACGUGUGUAUCUAUGCCACCCGAGAAGGGGACUACGUCCUGUUCCACCAUGAGGGGGGCGUGGAUGUGGGUGAUGUGGACGCCAAAGCCCAGAAGCUGCUCGUUGGUGUGGAUGAAAAGCUGAACCCCGAGGACAUCAAGAGACACCUGUUGGUCCACGCCCCUGAAGACAAGAAAGAAAUUCUAGCCAGCUUCAUCUCCGGCCUCUUCAAUUUCUAUGAGGACCUGUACUUUACCUACCUUGAGAUCAACCCCCUUGUGGUGACCAGAGAUGGCGUCUAUAUCCUUGACCUGGCAGCCAAGGUGGAUGCCACAGCCGACUACAUCUGCAAAGUGAAGUGGGGGGACAUAGAAUUCCCUCCCCCCUUUGGGCGUGAGGCAUAUCCAGAGGAAGCCUACAUUGCAGACUUGGAUGCCAAAAGUGGAGCGAGCCUGAAGCUGACCUUGCUGAACCCCAAGGGGAGGAUCUGGACCAUGGUGGCUGGGGGCGGUGCCUCUGUUGUGUACAGUGAUACCAUCUGUGAUCUUGGGGGUGUUAAUGAGCUUGCGAACUACGGGGAGUAUUCGGGUGCCCCCAGCGAGCAGCAGACUUAUGACUACGCCAAGACCAUCCUCUCCCUGAUGACACGAGAGAAGCACCCAGAUGGCAAGAUCCUCAUAAUCGGAGGCAGCAUCGCAAACUUCACCAAUGUCGCUGCCACCUUCAAGGGCAUUGUGAGAGCGAUUCGAGACUACCAGGGUCCCCUGAAGGAGCAUGAAGUCACAAUCUUUGUCCGGAGAGGUGGCCCCAACUAUCAAGAGGGAUUACGGGUGAUGGGAGAAGUGGGGAAGACUACUGGAAUUCCUAUCCACGUCUUUGGCACAGAGACUCAUAUGACGGCCAUAGUGGGUAUGGCCUUGGGCCACCGACCCAUCCCCAACCAGCCACCCACAGCAGCCCACACUGCCAACUUCCUCCUCAAUGCCAGUGGGAGCACAUCGACUCCAGCCCCUAGCAGGACGGCGUCUUUUUCUGAGACCAGAACUGAUGAAGUGGCCCCAGCCAAGAAGGCCAAGCCUGCCAUGCCCCAAGAUUCAGCCCCAAGUCCAAGAUCCCUGCAAGGAAAGAGGGCCACCCUCUUCAGCUGCCACACCAAGGCCAUCGUGUGGGGCAUGCAGACCCGGGCCGUGCAGGGCAUGCUGGACUUCGACUACGUGUGCUCCAGAGACGAGCCCUCAGUGGCCGCCAUGGUGUACCCCUUCACUGGGGACCAUAAGCAGAAGUUUUACUGGGGACACAAGGAAAUCCUGAUCCCUGUCUUCAAGAACAUGGCGGAUGCCAUGAAGAAGCACCCAGAGGUGGACGUGCUGAUCAACUUUGCCUCUCUGCGCUCUGCGUACGACAGCACGAUGGAGACCAUGAACUUCGCACAGAUCCGGACCAUCGCCAUCAUAGCCGAAGGCAUCCCGGAGGCUCUUACACGGAAGCUGAUCAAGAAGGCUGACCAGAGGGGAGUGACCAUCAUUGGGCCCGCCACAGUUGGAGGCAUCAAGCCAGGCUGCUUUAAGAUCGGAAAUACGGGUGGGAUGCUGGACAACAUUCUGGCCUCCAAGCUGUACCGCCCAGGCAGCGUGGCCUAUGUCUCACGUUCCGGAGGAAUGUCUAACGAGCUCAACAACAUCAUCUCACGGACCACAGAUGGUGUCUAUGAGGGCGUAGCCAUUGGCGGGGACAGGUACCCUGGCUCCACAUUCAUGGAUCAUGUGCUGCGUUACCAGGACACCCCAGGAGUGAAGAUGAUUGUAGUUCUUGGAGAGAUAGGGGGCACCGAGGAAUAUAAAAUCUGCCGGGGCAUCAAGGAGGGCCGCCUCACCAAGCCCAUCGUCUGCUGGUGCAUUGGGACCUGUGCCACCAUGUUCUCCUCUGAGGUCCAGUUUGGCCAUGCUGGGGCCUGUGCCAACCAGGCUUCCGAAACUGCAGUAGCCAAGAACCAGGCCUUGAAGGAGGCAGGAGUGUUUGUGCCCCGGAGCUUUGAUGAGCUUGGAGAGAUCAUCCAGUCUGUGUAUGAAGAUCUCGUGGCCAAAGGAGCCAUUGCACCUGCUCAGGAAGUACCGCCUCCAACGGUGCCCAUGGACUACUCCUGGGCCAGGGAGCUGGGCUUGAUCCGCAAACCUGCCUCAUUCAUGACCAGCAUCUGCGACGAGCGAGGACAGGAGCUCAUCUAUGCAGGCAUGCCCAUCACCGAGGUCUUCAAGGAGGAGAUGGGCAUUGGCGGUGUCCUUGGCCUCCUUUGGUUCCAGAGAAGGUUGCCCAAGUACUCAUGCCAGUUCAUUGAGAUGUGCCUGAUGGUGACAGCUGAUCAUGGGCCAGCUGUCUCUGGGGCACACAACACCAUCAUCUGCGCUCGGGCUGGAAAGGACUUGGUCUCUAGCCUCACUUCAGGGCUGCUCACUAUUGGUGAUCGGUUUGGAGGUGCCUUGGAUGCAGCAGCCAAGAUGUUCAGUAAGGCCUUCGACAGCGGCCUGAUCCCCAUGGAGUUCGUGAACAAGAUGAAGAAGGAAGGAAAACUGAUCAUGGGCAUUGGUCACCGGGUGAAAUCGAUAAACAACCCAGACAUGCGAGUGCAGAUUCUCAAAGACUAUGUCAAGCAGCACUUUCCCGCCACCCCGCUGCUUGAUUACGCCCUGGAAGUGGAGAAAAUUACCACCUCAAAGAAACCAAAUCUCAUCCUGAACGUGGAUGGUUUCAUUGGCGUUGCGUUCGUGGACAUGCUCAGGAACUGCGGCUCCUUUACUCGGGAGGAAGCUGAUGAAUAUGUUGACAUUGGAGCCCUCAAUGGCAUCUUUGUGCUGGGCAGGAGUAUGGGAUUCAUUGGACACUACCUGGAUCAGAAGAGGCUGAAGCAGGGCUUAUACCGUCAUCCGUGGGAUGACAUCUCUUACGUUCUUCCGGAACACAUGAGCAUGUAACUGAGCCAGGACCCAGAGCGCGGCGAAGAGAAGACGAGACCUCCUCCCUGGGAAACAGCAUGCAGACAGCUGGCGGCGGAGCCCAUCGUGGAUGAGCCUGGAACAGAAGCAGCCGUGGGUGUGGAGGUCUGGAAGGCCCACAGGCUGAUCAAUCCCCAGUCUACACAGAGAAGCUUCGUAUUUUUUUUUAUAAGCGUAGAAAUAAAGGCAAAGCCAAUACUUGUGACAUUUGCUCUGCUACCUGCUGUAUUUAUUCUGUGGAAGCAAUUAAGCAUCGUCAAGACGGCGUUCUUCCCUGUAGGACGGUCCAGUGUCGCUUUCUUUUUCCUAUUAAUUUUUUUUUUUUUUUUUUUUCGCUUGGAGGAAGGGAAUAAAACUUUCCAGGCUUGAUACUGUGUGAUGAAAGGACCCACUGAUGUCUGUUUUCACUUCCCUUUCUUCCUCCUCCUACAACAUGAAGAACAUUGUAUUCACCUGAUUUUCAAAGGAUCAUUUUCUAUGUUACAUGUUAAGGAUUUAUUUAGUCUCCCACUGAAACGUUCUGUGUUGCAGAUCAACAUCUGCCUAUGUCAGGGUGGGGUGGGACCAUUGCAUUCUUAGCUAUUGUCAAAAAGUAUGUGGAGUCGUAACUUAAAAUGUAAAGUUGUAACAUACAUAUGUUUAAAAUGGAAAUGCAAAGCAAAAAACUGUGAAAUGUCUUGUGUCUUAUGUUCUCUGUAUUUAGGCAGCUGGCUUGUCUGUUACUGAAGUGUGGGUCCAAAGACUUGUCUGUAGCCACUUUGCAUCUGUAACCCACAAAGACGCUGGGCAGCUGCCAUCUCCGUCUCCUGUAUUAUCAUGUUUGGUUUAAAUAAACUAUGUAGUAACAAUGAAGGUA